AUGAUGAUCCUGUCUAGAUUCUGGGUGCUCAUCUAUUUGUGUGCUUUUAUUUGUAAUGGAUUUUUAAAUCCUGUGGAGGCUUAUAAAUGCAAAAUAGGUGAGAGGAAAAGUAGAGGAAACAAGGGACAGUGUGAACCGUGCCCCGACGAGGCCUUCCAGGCAGUACCAAAUGAAUCUCAGAAAUGUCAACCCUGCAACUCCUGCAAUGAGAGUUCUGGGAGUGAGGUAAUAUCAAAGUGCACAAAGACUUCUAAUGCUAUAUGUCAGUGUCGUGGAGGAUUCACUAACAGUGUCAAAGACUCUACGAUAUGCAAGUGUCCCGUGGGUUCUGGGUUGGAUAAAUCAGGUAUAAUAAGCAAAUGCCGUGAAUGUGAGCAUGGAUUCUUUACCACCGACAAGGACUCUACAUGUGCGAAAUGGCGAGAAUGUGGUAGUGGUGGAGUGAAGACUUCAGGCACUACGAUGGCAGAUGUAAUCUGUAAUGAAGAGUCAGAGUCAGACGGGAAGACCCUCCCCUCAAUGCAGCCCACUUCCCCCUCUGGCUCUAUCCAGACUGUAUCUAAGUCCUUGAUCCAGAACCAGAGCCAAGGGUCAUCUCCUCAUCCCGAUGUCCCCACUGUAACACCAACCCUCACUGGUCCCAAGUCCUCAACGGCAGACUAUGGCCAAGUAAUGCUACUCAUUGGAAUUGUCCUGCUGCUUACUUUUCUACUUACCGCUGUGACCUGCAACCUGGUCAUCCUUCCUUGCAUCAAGAACUACAAGAACCCGAGUGUCAAAGCAGCCCAGGACUCAAUGUGCCGGAGGCCAGUUGAAGAAAGUGGGGACAACAGUCUCUCUUCCCUGGUGAAAACACCAAGCUUGGGGGAGCCAUGAUGGAAAAACCUGGUUAUCUGUCUGUCGAAAUGCUGCAAUUAUUCUCAAUGUUACUCAGAAUAAAUGUAUUUUAAACCAGAAAACACUUCAAACACCUGUUUGAAAAUUCAAAAAUAUGGUCAAUAUUUGAUUCCCAUGUAAUCUGUUAUUAUGGAAAAGCAUGUUAGGUAAGUCUAUUACUUUGCCUUGCCUCCUUAGCAACAAGAUGGUUGUUAUUUGCUGCUCUGGGAGAUCCGCAUGAUGUUAUUUUCACAAAUGGGCUACUGACAAACUUCUGAG